UAUGCUACCACCUUUUGUUUCAUUCUUAUCCCUUAAUGUGGAAAAAAAGUUCCCCACCACUUAGCUGCUCCAUUGGUAACCUUCAAUCGACAAUGGAAGCUCCUCAAUUUCAAGCCAGUCUCCAAUUCAGACGUUUCUUGGCGUCCCAAAGCCCAUGUGCAGGGGUGGCAAACGGCUGGAUCGGGUCGGAUACGGCGGGUCGAAAAACGGUUUUAGAGACUCUGAUCAUUGUAAGAUUGCUGCACCUAAAGCCUCAGAUCAAAGAAUGCCAUCUCUAAAUGUCAAAAAGUUGCUAAGAAGGUCAGUUCUGCAACUUGUUGGAUUGAGUCCCAUCUUCAUUAGUAUUCGUCCUGUCUUAUCUGCUCCAGUUCAGGAGAUGAAAGAACCUGAUGUUAUCCGGACUCUAAAGCUUGCUAGUGGAGUGAGAAUACAAGAUGUUGUUGAAGGGGAAGGACCAGAGGCUCAUGAAGGAGAUAUCGUCGAAAUUAAUUAUGUCUGCCGACGAUCAAAUGGAUAUUUUGUCCACAGUACGGUGGACCAAUUCAGCGGAGAAAGUGCCCCUGUCAUACUUCCUCUGGAUGAUACACAGAUAAUUGAAGGUCUGAAGGAAGUCUUGAUUGGAAUGAAGCCUGGAGGAAAAAGAAGAGCGCUGAUACCGCCUUCGGUAGGAUACAUCAAUGAAAACUUAAAACCAGUACCUGAAGAGUUUGGGCCAAGGCGUAGCCUUAUGUCUCAUGUGAAGGAGCCUCUAAUUUUUGAAGUGCAGCUGUUGAAAGUUUUAUGAGUAUCAUACUUAUUGUCGGUGCUUAACUAUAGUACGUAAGUUUUUUAAUUGAUUAACUUCAUUACUUUGAUCUCUUGAACAGUGUACUGAAUUUUUGCCAAGAUAUGCUAAAAUUGUCAGCGCGGGAUGUUCCUAAACUGGUUAUAAUAUUGGUUUAAUUUCUAGUUUAAGGGAACUUAUUCUUUAGACAAAA